AUGGGGGCACUUGAUUACCUCAUCUCCAACUUUUGCACAGUUCCACGCACAAAGACCAAAGCAAUGCAGACAGUUGAGAUCAAAGUCAAAAUGGACUGCGAUGGCUGUGAACGAAAAGUCAGAAAUGCAGUGGCUACAAUUAAAGGAGUAAAAACCGUGGAGAUAAACCGAAAGCAAAGCAGGGUGACAGUGAAUGGUUGCGUUGAUCCAAACAAGGUGUUGAAGAGGGUAAGAAGAACUGGGAAGAAAAGAGCUGAAUUUUGGCCUUACGUUCCACAAUAUGUGGUGGCUAAUCCUCAUGCUUCAGGAGUCUAUGAUAAAAAGGCACCAGCGGGUUAUGUUAAAAACGUGCAAACAUUUCCAGCAUCGAGUGAAACUGAAGAGAAAUUCAUGUCUUUUUUCAGUGAAGAUAACGUAAAUGCAUGCUCCAUCAUGUGA